UGAGGUGCUUAAAAAAAUAGGCCCGUAGACGAGACUUCCGGUCUUCGCUGUCAUUUGGCAAUGCUCUGGUAUCUCGCAAGAUAGGAUGACUGCAGAUGUUUACUACUACAUCAGCUAAGUCGUUUGUGUUAAGCCACGGGUAUGCGAACGAGCUGGCUGGAUAUCUGACGUAAGAAUGCGCAGCCGGAGUAAUUCGGGCGUCAGAUUGGAUGGAUUCGCAAGGCUUGUGCAGGAGACAAUUUUGUGUCAUCAGAAUCCAGUGACAGGUCUUCUACCAGCUAGUGCACAACAGAAGGAUGCCUGGGUCAGGGACAAUGUUUACAGUAUACUGGCAGUAUGGGGACUUGGUAUGGCCUACCGGAAAAAUGCUGACCGUGAUGAAGACAAGGCUAAGGCCUAUGAACUCGAACAGAGCGUGGUCAAGCUGAUGCAGGGCCUCCUGCAGUGUAUGAUGAGACAGGUGGCAAAGGUGGAGAAGUUCAAACACACGCAGAGCACCAAGGACUGCCUGCAUGCCAAGUACCACACAGCCACUUGUGCCAUUGUAGUCGGGGAUGAUCAGUGGGGACACCUGCAGGUGGAUGCCACCUCCCUCUACCUGCUCUACCUGGCACAGAUGACGGCAUCAGGCCUGCAUAUUAUUUCAAACUUGGAUGAAGUGGCCUUUAUCCAGAACUUGGUUUUCUACAUUGAGGCUGCGUAUAAAGUUGCUGACUAUGGCAUGUGGGAGAGAGGGGAUAAGACCAACAAGGGGAUCCCUGAGCUGAAUGCAAGUUCUGUGGGAAUGGCAAAGGCUGCCCUGGAGGCCAUUGAUGAGCUGGACUUAUUUGGCGCUAAUGGCAGCCCCAAAUCAGUGAUUCAUGUUCUCCCUGACGAGGUGGAACACUGCCAGUCUAUUCUGUGCUCCAUGCUCCCGAGGGCCUCCACCUCAAAGGAGAUUGACGCUGGUCUUCUGUCAGUCAUCUCGUUCCCUGCUUUUGCUAUAGAGGAUGCCGACCUUGUGAAUCUUACCAAGGGGGAGAUCAUCUCCAAGUUGCAGGGUCGGUAUGGUUGUUGCCGAUUUAUUCGAGAUGGCUACAGGACUCCAAAGGAGGACCCGAAUCGCCUCCAUUAUGAUCCAGCUGAGCUGAAGCUGUUUGAGAACAUUGAGUGUGAAUGGCCAGUGUUCUGGACCUACCUCAUAUUGGAUGGCAUAUUCAAUGAGGAACAUGUGCAGGUUCAGGAGUACAGAGAGGCUCUUGAUGAAGUCCUGAUCCGGGGGAAAAAUGGGAUCCGACUGAUGCCAGAGCUCUAUGCUGUACCUGCAGACAAGGUGGAAGAGGAGUACAGGAUCCCUCGGACAGUGGACCGUGUUGCCUCUGGCCAACUACCUCACCUGUGGGGACAGUCCCUGUACAUCAUAGGCUGUCUGCUGGCAGAGGGAUUCUUGGCUCCUGGAGAGAUCGAUCCGCUCAACAGGAGAUUCUCCACCCAUUUCAAACCUGAUGUGGUUGUGCAGGUGAGUGUGGUGGCAGAGACCAGUCUGAUCCAGGACCUGCUGAGAGACCACGGCAUUGAUGUGGAAACGGUGUCUGAGGUCCAGCCCAUCCGGAUCAUGCCUGCUCGAAUCCUCAGCCACAUCUAUGUGAAGCUGGGGAACUGCAAGAAGUUGAAUUUGACUGGCCGACCUUACAAGCACAUUGGAGUUUUGGGAACCUCAAAGUUUUAUGAGCUCAAAAAUCGUACCUUUGCUUUUACGCCUCAGUUCAUUGACCAGAACCAUUUUUACCUGGCGCUGGAUAAUCAGAUGAUAGUGGAGAUGCUACGCACUGAGCUAGCCUACCUCUCCAGCCGUUGGAGAAUGACUGGAAGGCCAACUUUGACCUUUCCCAUCACCCAGAGCAUGCUGGUGGAGGAUGGUGAAAGCAUCGAUCCAUGCAUUCUGUCCACCCUGAGGAAGCUACAAGAUGGAUACUUUGGAGGGGCAAGGGUCCAGAUGGGAAACCUCUCUAGCUUCCUCACCACCUCCUUCCACACCCAGCUCAGCUUCAUGGACACAGAUUCAGAUGACAACUUUCUGGCGGAUGAGGACGAGGAAGAUGAGGAUGAAGAAGAGGAAGAAGAGAGUUAUGCCACUGCAGUUUCAGUCGGCAGCGCCAGGAAGGACAUGUUCGAUCAGUACUUCACGCAGCUCCUUCAGAGCACAGUGGCGAAAAGCCAUCUUCCUCCCAUCCAGAGGGGGCAGCACCAUGUCUUCAGUGCUGAACACACCACUAGGGACAUCCUGUCCUUCAUGGCUCAGGUCCAGGGCCUCAACUUACCCAAGGCUUCAAUGUUCUUGCCUAUUACCUCCGUCAUGAAUAAGCACCGCAAGUCUUUGAACCUGCUGGUGGUGCCUCAGCCCCAUCACCAGAUCACAGCACCAACUAAGGCCCACAGUGCUGAUCUGCACCUGCCACGUGACGCUCAGGGGAACACAGACUUCGCCUCGUUGGUUCGGCAGCUAAAGGAGUGCCCCACACUCCAGGACCAGGCUGACAUCCUUUACAUCCUCUACGUCAUGAAGGGACCAGACUGGAUAGUAAACUUGUCAGGGCACAGUGGUGAGGCCACCGUACGUUCCCUGCUUGAGGAGCUUUACGUCAGGGCCGGCGCUUGCAAGGAGUGGGGUCUCAUCCGUUACAUAUCUGGCAUCUUGCAUAAGAGGGUGGAGGUUCUUGCUGAGGCUUGCACUGACCUCAUAUCCCACCAGAAGCAGCUAACAGUGGGUCUUCCUCCAGAGCCAAGAGAGAAAGUCAUCUCAGCUCCUUUACCACCUGAGGAACUAGACACACUGAUCUAUGAGGCCAGUGGACAAGACAUCAGCAUCGCAGUCCUAACCCAGGAGAUCAUGGUGUACCUGGCCAUGUACAUCCGCUCCCAGCCAGCCCUCUUCGGGGACAUGCUGCGCCUGCGCAUCGGCCUCAUCAUGCAGGUCAUGGCUACUGAGCUGGCCCGCAGCCUCCACUGCUCCGGCGAGGAGGCCUCUGAGAGCUUGAUGAACCUCAGUCCGUCCGAAAUGAAGAACCUGCUCCAUCACAUCUUAAGUGGGAAAGAGUUUGGGGUGGAGAAGAGUGUGCGUCCACUCGAGUCCACGGCCACCAGCCCAGCCAUCUCCAUACAUGAGCUGGGACACACUGGAGCCACCAAGACAGAACGCACUGGCAUCAGGAAACUGAAGAAUGAGAUCAAACAGCUGGAUGGCUCAAGGCAGACAAGCAUCUUUAGCAGCUCUUAUUCCAUCAGCAGUAAUGUCACGUCCCCCCGCUCCACGAGAUGUAGCAGCCCAUCUACUCCCAGCGGCAUCCUGUCGCCUACUGGCUCCCUGGACCCUCAGCUGGCGUGGGAGGAGCGGCAGGGCCAGUGGCUGCGCCGGAGGCGUCUGGAUGGAGCCAUCAACCGAGUGCCCAUGGGUUUCUACCAGAAGGUCUGGAAAAUUCUGCAGAAGUGCCACGGCUUGUCCAUUGCUGGCUAUGUGCUGCCAUCUUCCACCACACGAGAGAUGACUGAAGGCGAAAUAAAGUUUGCAGUCCACGUCGAGUCAGUGCUGAACCGCGUUCCCCAGCCGGAGUAUCGGCAGCUGCUGGUGGAGACCAUCAUGGUGCUAACGCUAGUAGCAGACAUGGAGCUCCAGAGCAUCGGGGGCAUCAUCCAUAUCGACCGCAUCGUCCAUUCAGCCAAUGAGCUGUUCUUGCAGGACCAGAUUGCUCAAGGGGCUUGUGAGUUCUUCUUGGAGAAAGACACAGCAACGGGUAUCUGCAACUUCUUCUAUGACAGUGCCCCCAGUGGCAGCUACGGCACCAUGACAUACCUGUCCAAGGCUGUGAUUAGCUAUGUGCAGGACUUCUUACCCAACACCAGCUGCCUGAUGCAGUGAGAAGAUCGAAACCUCCUAACAGAAGCACUAAGGCCAGUACUCAGUUCAAAUGGACCACUACCUGUUAUAAGUUUACAUUCAUUCAUUUAACCAACAUUUGUUUUCAGUAUAAAAAUGCAAGAAUAUAUUUCAUUGUGUAUGCUAACUGUGAAACUAAACACUCAGUAUUGACCAGGUUAUCUUACAGAGGGGUCAUGAUUUUUGACUGGUAUAAAUGCAUUUACGCAUGUAGACAUUUUAAAUGUUUAAUCUAUAGAUGUGUAUUUGUGUAUUGCCAUCCUCUAAUGCAGUAUAUGAUUUAGGAAUGGCGUUGGCUUAUGUAUGGUUGGUGUAAAAUCAGGUCCGUCUAAGUCUUGCCUUUGUGACCUCAUGUCAUUUCAGUUCAGACUGGUCUACAUUCCGCUGUGUGUGUAGGGCUUUCCUGGACCAAUCACAGAAUACUGCAUACAUUGAAUCCACACAGUUUCAACACUGGGCACUUAGGAGAAGAUUGUAAUGAAAUAUUGUAUUACCAUGUAUGGAAUGCUGCUGCUGUGAGAAUCACAGGUACUAGAAAGAGAGUAACUGACUGAUUAUUUACUGACACUGAGCAGAAACAAUUCAACAUACAUACAUACAUAUAUGUAUUAGUUUCCUCAGUAGGUUACUUUCCUAGUAUAGAAAGGUUUUUGAAAUGUUAUGUAAAUGUCCAUAUAGUUUAUAUUAAUAAUAAGUGAAGGACAUUCUUUUUCUAAAGUGAAUAGAAUAUUUGGAUGCCAGUCAAAUUAUAUGGCUGUUGAUAGAAUCAGUAUCAUUUGGCUUUUUUGUAUUUAAUUUAAUUUAAUUUAAUUUAAUUUAAUUUACCAGCCACUGUGACAGAUUUAAUAUUUUGUGUGUUGAUUUAGACAAGUUAUUUAAACAUUAUUUUAGAAAACCUGUUAACAAAUAUCUUGUAACUGAUUUAUGUAACACCGUUUUAAGACAUUAUUUUAAUUAUAACACAAGUAUGCAACACAAAGAAUAAUAAAUAUUACUGACAGAA